UCAUCUCUUCGACACUCUCACAUGCAUCGAAGAUUCCGCUGACACUAAAAAGAUCGAAAUGGCGCCGGGAUCGUCGUCGUCUCGUAAGGCCAAGGCCCUCAAGGCAUCGUACCGGCUCGUCGCCGACAACUUCCUCGCCGUCCUCGCCAUGGUUUCUGUCGUCGCCGUGCUCUUCGCUGCAUGGCCGAUCAGCAUCGAGGACCUUGCCUGCCGGCUGCACGCGGUGCGGCCACUCCACGUCCUCACGGCGGCGAUCCUGACGGCGGCCCUCGCGAAGCUGAGGCGCAUGAGCCGGCCGAGCGACGUGUAUCUCGUGGAGUACGGCUGCUUCUGGCCCAAGCCGUGCUUCCGGGCGCCGUUCGCGACGUGCCUGGAGCACGUGCGGCUCUUGCCGUACCUGGUCAACGAGGACGACAUCAGCUGGGGCUGGCGGCUCCUCCAGCGGUCCGGGAUCGGCGAGGAGACCUGCGUGCCGUACGCCUACCACUACCUGCCCCCGGACCGCAGCUUUAGGGCCUCCCUGGACGAGACCGAGCUGGUCAUCUUCUCCGCCGUCGACGAUGUGUUCGCCCGGACGACGGCCGUGACGCCCGCGGACAUCGGCGUGGUGAUCGUGAACUGCAGCAUCUUCACGCCCACGCCGGUGUUCACGGACAUGAUCGUGAACAGGUACAAGCUGCGCGCCGACGUGCGGAGCGUGAACCUGUCCGGGAUGGGGUGCAGCGCGGCGCUCAUCUCGAUCGGUCUCGCCAGGAACAUGCUGCAGGUGGCGCCGCCGGGCACGCACGCGCUGAUCGUGUCCACGGAGAUCCUCUCGUCGCAGUACUACGUCGGCAUGGACCGCUCCAUGCUCCUGCCCAACUGCCUCUUCCGCAUGGGCGCCGCCGCCAUGAUCAUGUCCAACACCGCGGCCCGAGGCGCGCGGUUCCGGCUCGCCCGCGUCGUGCGCACGGUGGCCUCCGCGCGGGACGCCGCCUACCGGUGCGUGUUCCAGGUGGAGGACGAGGAGAGCAACACGGGGAUCCGGCUCUCCAAGGACCUCGUGCCCACUGCCGCCCAGACCCUGAAAAGCAACAUCGUCGCCUUCGGGCCCCUGGUCCUGCCUGCCUCGGAGAAGCUCCUCGUCGCUCUGUCCAUCCUGAGGCGGAGGCUAGUACAGAGCAGCCGGGGGAGGGUGUACCGCCCGGACUUCCGCACCGCGUUCGAGCACUUCUGCAUCCACGCCGGCGGGCGCGGGGUCAUCGACGAGGUGCAGCGCGGCCUCGGCCUCUCCGACGAGGACGUGGAGGCGUCGCGGAUGACGCUGCACCGGUUCGGGAACACGUCCAGCAGUUCGGUGGUGUACGAGCUGGCGUACAUCGAGGCCAAGGGCAGCAUGAGGAAGGGAGACCGCGUGUGGAUGAUCUCCUUCGGCGCCGGCUUCGACUGCAGCAGCGUGGCGUGGGAGUGCAUCGAGCCCGCCGCCGACGCUGCUGGGCCGUGGGCCGACUGUAUCCACCGCUACCCAGUGCAGCUCCCUAAAUUGAUGGAGGCCCUUGAUUGAAUCCGUACAUGUAGACGUGAAGUGGCAUAAUCAAUCAAUGUUGUACUGUAUCUUUAAUGUCCAAAUCUGUCAUCAACGGACGGGACAUGUGAUUUUUUAACGGACUAGUUCCAAAU